CUCCCGUACAUACAACGACAUCUUACAACCGCCACCCGUUGCAUACACGACCGCCGCACAGAACGGCCUCCUACCGCAUCAGCGUGUCUCUCCUUGGACUGCCAUCACUGUAUCUUUAGCCACACGAGACAUUCUUUAGCGCACAAGCAGCUGCGCUGUCCUGUCUAGCAAGAUGGGCAACACCACCAGUACUGUGCUGGACAACAUUGUCCAAGGGUCCAACUUUGACAGAGAGGAAGUCGACCGGUUAAGGAAACGGUUCAUGAAACUCGACAAGGACAACUCUGGCACAAUCGAGCGCGACGAAUUUCUCAGCCUUCCUCAAAUCUCUUCCAACCCUCUUGCGACACGCAUGAUUGCCAUCUUUGACGAGGACGGUGGCGGUGAUGUCGACUUCCAGGAGUUCGUCUCCGGCUUGAGCGCCUUCAGCAGCAAGGGCAAUAAGGAGCAGAAGCUACAGUUCGCCUUCAAGGUCUACGACAUUGACCGCGACGGCUACAUUAGCAACGGCGAGCUCUUCAUCGUGCUCAAGAUGAUGGUUGGCAGCAACCUGAAGGACCAGCAGCUGCAGCAGAUUGUCGACAAGACGAUAAUGGAGGCGGACCUGGACAAGGACGGCAAGAUCAGCUUUGAGGAGUUUACAAAGAUGGUGGAGAAUACGGAUGUCAGCAUGAGCAUGACUCUGGAUCAAUUUUAAAUGUUUGUUGAAAGGGGGUAAAAGGCAGCGUUGGUCUCGGGUAGACACCGCCAGGAAAGCGAUUUGUGGAUAAUGGAAAUAUAGCAGUUAUGAUAAUGAAUAUCUACAUUCAAGUUUCAAAUUU